CAAAAAAAAAAAAAUGUCCCAUUGCACCUCGGUUUUGAUUUUUUUUUAAGUGAGUGCGCGGCCCUCCCCCUUUUCACCCCUUCCAACAAAAAAGGACACCGAUAGUAAACAAGUAAAGAAUUUGUCUUCCAAAAAAAAACCGUGUUAUGUUUAUUAAUUGCUUCCUAAUUUUAGGACUAGAGACAAAGUGAUAGUGAUUUAAUUAUUAUUAUUAUUAUUAUUAAGGGGGGUGGGGAUGAUAGACAAACGUGUUGAAGAUUGGUGUGUUCAGGCGAUGACCGUGCAGGAGUUAAAACCGCGCGGUAGCGCUGAUAUUCAACAACAACAACAACAACAGUCUUCCGGUGAUAUUCUUAGUCCUGAGAUUCUGGAAGAAAAGGAUUCCUAUCGUGUCACUAAUCAUCAUCAUCAUAAUCAUCAUCAUGACAGCGAAAAUCUUUUAGGAAGAGUUUUAGCUGAAUUUGAUGGAACCACAGUCUUAUGUCGAGUUUGUGGUGAUAAAGCCUCAGGUUUUCAUUAUGGAGUUCAUUCCUGUGAAGGAUGCAAGGGUUUUUUCCGAAGGAGCAUCCAACAGAAAAUUCAAUACAGGCCUUGCACCAAGAAUCAACAGUGUAGCAUUCUUCGAAUCAACAGAAAUCGUUGCCAGUACUGUCGUCUCAAGAAGUGCAUCGCUGUUGGCAUGAGUCGAGAUGCUGUUCGAUUCGGGCGCGUGCCUAAAAGAGAGAAGGCAAGAAUUUUGGCUGCAAUGCAGCAGAGUUCUCACAGUCGCUCUCAGGAGAAGGCAGUAGCAGCCGAGCUUGAGGAUGAACAACGACUAUUGUCUACUGUUGUUCGUGCUCAUUUGGAUACGUGCGAUUUCACCAGAGACAAAGUUGCCCCGGUUCUUGCCAGGGCGAGAGAAACUCCAAACUACACAGCAUGCCCACCAACCUUGGCUUGUCCAUUGAAUCCAAAUCCACAGCCGUUGACAGGCCAACAGGAAUUGUUGCAAGACUUUUCCAAAAGGUUCUCGCCGGCAAUACGUGGUGUGGUGGAAUUUGCAAAACGCAUUCCUGGCUUCAGUUUAUUGGCUCAGGAUGAUCAAGUUACUUUACUAAAAGCUGGAGUAUUCGAAGUUCUAUUGGUACGAUUGGCCUGUAUGUUUGACGCGCAAACCAACAGUAUGAUCUGUCUAAAUGGCCAAGUGCUCAAGCGAGAGUCCAUCCACAACAGCAGCAAUGCAAGAUUUCUUAUGGAUUCAAUGUUCGACUUUGCAGAGAGAGUAAACUCACUGAGAUUGUCAGACGCUGAAUUGGGUCUCUUUUGUUCUGUGGUGGUGAUUGCCGCAGAUCGACCCGGACUAAGAAACACUGAACUCGUUGAACGCAUGCACAACAAAUUACGCAAUGCCCUUCAAACAGUUUUGGCUCAAAAUCAUCCUCAACAUCCCGAUAUUUUGAGAGAGCUUCUCAAGAAAAUACCUGAUCUCAGAACUCUCAACACUCUUCAUUCGGAAAAAUUGUUGGCUUUCAAAAUGACUGAGCAACAGCAACAAUUGCAAGCUCAACAGCAACAGGCUCAACACGCCGCUUCCAUGCAACAACAUUGGCCUAUGGAGGAAGAUCCAGUUGUUUCCUGGGGUUCCGUCUCGGACAUUGCACUCGACGAGGCUGUCAAGAGUCCCCUUGGCAGUGUCUCAAGUACAGAAAGCACGUGCAGUGGAGAAGUUGCAGCAUUAACGGAAUAUCAUCACGUGGCAGCAUCCAGCGGUCAUCACGCUUCCAGUGCACCGCUACUCGCGGCAACUCUCGCCGGUGGUUUGUGUCCUCAUCGUCGAAGAGCCAAUUCCGGUAGCACGAGUUCCGGUGAUGACGAUAUGCAUCGCGCCUCCCUCGCGAAAACACCUCAACCACCCCAGUGUCCGCGUUUCCGUAAAUUGGACUCGCCAAGUGACAGUGGAAUUGAAUCGGGUACCGAGAAAGCCGACAAACCGGCAAGCAGUAGCGCGAGUAGUGCACCCACAUCAGUAUGCUCGAGUCCACGUUCCGAGGACAAGGAAGUCGAAGACAUGCCAGUGUUAAAGCGAGUCCUUCAAGCACCACCUCUCUACGAUACCAAUUCACUCAUGGACGAGGCCUACAAACCUCACAAAAAGUUCCGAGCUCUUCGCCAAAAGGAUAGUGCCGAAGCUGAACCAGCUGUUGUCCAACACACUCAAUCCCAACUUCAUCUUCAUUUGACAUCACCUCCAGCGCGAAGUCCAUCUACCCAAAUGCAAUCUCACUGUCCACAAACAGCGAGCCUACUCAGCAGCACUCAUUCCACCUUAGCCAAAAGUCUAAUGGAAGGUCCAAGAAUGACCGCCGAGCAAAUGAAGCGCACAGACAUCAUACACAAUUACAUCAUGCGUGGUGAGGCAAGUCCACGAUCACCCACAACGUCACCAUCGCCCGCCGAACAAUGUGCAUCGACGACAACCAUCACACGCAGUCCCCAGGGAUCACAGGGUCUCCUUCAGUGCGCCACCUCAGCAUAUUCCACAUCAAGAUGGCCCGCAACUUCCGUCAUUACAACGACAACCGGUGCCCGUCAACAACACCAGCAACAACAACAUCAGAACAAUCAUCAUCACAACAAUAAUCAUCACCAUCAUCAGCAUCAUCAGUCUUCAGACUAUUUAGUCGUUGGCAAUUCACCUGCAUCGUCACCAAGAUAUCUCUCGGCAGCGGCGACGAGUAGCACGAGUCCAAGGCCUACCUCAAGCACCGCGGCAACUCUCGUCCUAUCCGGAUGUCCAAGUAACAUGAUGGAACUCCAAGUUGAUAUUGCCGACAGUCAACAGCCGUUGAAUCUUUCCAAAAAAUCACCAUCACCAUCCCCAAGGCCUUUAGUUGGACCCUGCAAGGCCCUUUCUCUUGAGGCGUAGUGCUUUUUACGAGUGGCAAUGAAUUCAUCGCCUUCAUCUCCAAAAAAGUGCCAGGACGCUCCAAGCGCGUGACAAAACCAAAUAAUUUAUUAAAAAAAAAAAAAAAAGUGAAAAAAAAACACAGGUGGGUAAUCACAAAACAGUUUCUCUUUUUGUGUCUGUGAGAAAAAUGAGAUGUGCCAGUGUCGCUGAUAGACGCUUUUAAAAAGUGCCAAAAAAAAAAAAUAUAUAUAUAUCAGUGCUGCGCAAAGAAACUCCCACCUGUUUUUGUCAAUGCUAAAACUAAGCAUUCUUGUAACGCUAAAAAAAAUUUUUUUGUAUACACGUUACAACAAAAAAUAAAAUAAUCUACUACAUGUGAUAAUCAUGAAAAUCGCGCAUUCUGUACAGCCUCCACAUCAUUCAUCAAUCAUCUACUCUACUAUAAUUAUUAAAUAUUAUUAAAAAAAAAAAAAAAAUCAUUAAUAUUAUUGUACUAUCCUAAGACAUAGUAAUCGUAAAAAAAUUUUUUGUCUUGUGUGUAUGUAUGAGUCCAAAAUAAUGUAAAAAAGAAUGUCUGAAAAUGAGCCUGGGCAAUCGAAAAAAAAAUCCAAGAAUUAUUAAAAGCCAGAAGCUAUUAAAGUUUUAAGAGUUUUGUUAUGAGACUGAUCGGUCCGCCGCGGCCUCCAGUUUGCAAUUACCGUACCUUUAUACCACGUGUCGUGUGUGUCUACCGAAAAAAAAACAGAUUUCAAGCAAAUUUAAAAAUCUAAACCGUCGUGUUAUAUUAGAAUUUGUAGUUUAAAAAAAAAAACAAAAAAAAAAAGAGUAUACAUGCAAAUAUUAAUGUCGCAUGAAAGAAUGAAUGAAUAAAUUAGCUACAAACAAAAAAUCGACGAAAAAAAUAAAUAAUGCUGUGUAAAUAGUUAGAAAUUAAGGCUAGGACUUUAUUUAGGCGCGAGUGGCGUGAAUUUCGAAGAAAGCGAGAAAUCGCGGCGGGCCGCCGCCAAUGUGUUGUUGAGACGCCCGCCCCGCCCCCCUCCACCCUCCAUUAAUACAAGCACCCCCAUAACAAAAAAAAGGCAUGUUGCAAAAAAAGGAAAAAAAAAAAAAUUUCUUGAUCCGAAAAAAAAACACAUCUAGUGCGCACCUCUGUCUCUUUACUACGUAGCAGCAUUCGUUUCUUCGCUAAUGCGCUGCUUGCUCUUUCUACGUAUUUAUUGUACUCGGAAUCAUUCCUGAUUCGUUAUCGUUGCAUGUAAACCCCCUCCCCCCACCCUCUUCCUUGGCAGAUUGUUUCCUCUUGUGGUCGUGCACUCCUGUAGUCAUUUGUUCAUAAAGAUUAAAAAAAAAAAAAAAAAAAAACAAUAAUAAAUAUUCUUCUCUCCCUAUGACCAAUUUUUAUCGGACGUCUUUUUGGAAAGAAAAAAAAAUUUAAAUAAAAUCCUUCAGUAAAAAAAAACCCAGCCCGCAAAAAAAAAAAACUAGCGUUGAUAUUCGUAUACUGUUAUUGCAUAAACUACACAUAAUUAUUAUAGUAAACGAUACAUAAAGUAUGAUAUAUUUCUCUAUCCAUUAAGAAAUGAUUAAAAAAAAUAAAUAAAUAAAAAACAAACAGUUAUUGUUCCGGUGAAGUUAGGAAGAAAAGAUUGUAUACACUCACACUCAAAUUACACAUUCGUACACAAUCACUUUCACAUCAAACAUGAAUAAAAUAUAGAAAAAUAAAUAAAAUAUAUAAAAAAAAAAAAAAUACUGUACAAGAAAAUACAAAGUAGCCCCGCAUAUUGCCCAGUGAGCACGUCAUUUUUUGUACGCUUGGGAGUUGUGAGGUCGUCUGAAUAAACAUUGUCUGGUGAAUUAUA